AUGGCGGACACGCGGGAUGACGAGGCGGGGGCCAAUUUGAACGAACGGCGCAAGGCUCGCCGGGAGCGACAAAAGCGACGGCUGCAAGAGCUGGAUCGCCAGCCUGUCCCAGAGGCACCCGCCCCCUCUUCGACACAGCCCGAACCACCUCUUGAUCAUGAUGAUCCCCAGUCGGCGCCGCAGAGCCCCCAUCCCUCGGCUUCUGCCCACCAGCUCUUGCCUCAACCCUCGGCCUCGAUGCUUCAAGUGCAAGUCUUACAGACGGACUCGUUUGUGCCCCCGAGUCAGAUGGCCCGACCGCGCGUCGCCAUCUACCUGGUCGACGAGCGCACAGGAGAGCACCUCAUCGAACCACCAACCGCCCCGCCCGAAGCCAACAGGGACGCCAACAACCUUGCCGAAGAGGAUGGCACCCAUGUCUGGCUGACGCGCGUUGCGCGGCCCCAGCGCACACGUCGCGUGCAGCUGCGCUACAACGACACCCUGUACCUCCCGUACGAGCCAACGCUCCAGCCGCCUGGUUCCCCCCAGCGGGCCACGAGCCCCACGUCGGGGCGCCGGCACAGCUUGACUCACCAACCAACCCGAGGCAGUGAUCUUGUGCUCUUGUUUGACGUUUGUGAAGCCACCGACGACCUCAACUCCCAGACCACUCCCCAUGACCCGGCUACGCACCCCAGCAGCGGGUCCCGCCCAGCCUUUGAGACGAGCCUGGUCUCGGCUCGCCACCGCCAUACCAACGAUCGCCAUCACUAUUUUGGCUACCUGCGCCUACGCUACGGAAGCCCCGAGUACUUUGAUCGUCGCUUGCGCCUGCAGCUGUAUUCGGCGGCCGGCCUCAGUGCUGGCGCCCGCCGCCCGCUGCGCUCCCGCCUGCGACCCCGCAGCAGCGCCCGUGGCUUGCAUUCCACCGCUGCUGCCUGGUAUUUUGAUCACCCCGAUGACCGUGAGGUCGUGAGCCUCAGUUUACACGUGCAACUCAGUCUCGUCGACCGCAGCAAUGUGGAUCCGGCGCUUUUACCUGCGCCCCGCUCACAAGGCCUGGGUGAAGAGCAGCCAGAUGCACACGAGGCCGAAGCGGAUCCUCAUGCCUGGACACGCCGGCCCCGCGAUACCUUUCACAUGCCCAACGAUGCCCAAUGCUUCUUUCAACUGGGUGGCGUCCCAGCCACCGCCUUGGCCUUCUGCCCCACUGGCCGAUGGUGCGCCGUCGCCGUGGGUGGGACCCAUGCCCCGGGUCUGCCUGCCCAUGCUCUAGCCCUUUUCGAUGUACAACCGGCUCUCAAGAGCCAAAAUCUGAAUGCGCGGCCCUCCCGAGGGCGCCGGACAGGACCACGACCCAAGCAAACGCGGCAACGUGCGCCCCUCGCCGUCAUUCAGCGUCACACCCAGCGGGUUCAUUCGCUCAACUGGUCUGAAGACAGUCGCUACUUGAUCAGCUGCGGGGUUGAUGGGCGCUUGGUUGUUGUUGACGCUGAGGUCCCAGAACAAGCUCAUGUCGUGGCGGUGUUGUUGCACGACUACUACGUGUACGCUGGUGGCAUGCUAGCAGACUCCAAUCCGGCUCAGCCGGGUCACUCCUGGGUCGUCUCUGGUGGCUUUGAUGCCCUCCUCCGAAUCUGGUCAGCCAAGCCUCAAGCGCCCAAUCGUCGCCGGCGAGGUAGCCGCGCUGCUUUGUCAGACGACGCAGAUCCGCGAGCUUUGAGCACGGAUGUUGUUCACACCCUGAGCAAUCGCGAUGCGCCCAUCACUUGCAUUCGCCUUGCCAGUGCACGACACAAGAUGUUCGUCGGGAGCAACGACUGCGUCGUGACUGUGUGGACCCUGCCCGCCAAUUUGAGUGCGGCACAUGCACCGCAGCCUCUUCAUCACAUUGGGCUCACCGAGCCAGCUUCGGCCAGUCGCGCCAUCUGGAGUCUGUGUUGCACUGCGCAGUUUCUCUGGGUCGCGACACAAAGCAGUAUUCACGUCUGUGACGCGACAACCGCACACAUUGAAAAGAGUGUCCACUACGACGGGUUUCAGCGUUACCCGUGCCGGAUUAGCCUGUCACCAGAUGGUCAACAGCUUGUGUGUGUCACGCCAGGAGGGCAGCUGGAAGCACGUGAUGCCCCGACGUUGGCGCUCAAAAAGCAUGGAUGGCCGACCGUCAUUGCUCGGAGCCUGUGCAUGGAUGCAGCUGUGCACACUCAAGACCACUUGCUGGCUUGCUGCCUUGACAAUGGGACGUGUGUCAUGUUGGAGUACAACGAGGCGUUGCGGGAGCAAGCACGCAGUAACGCCGUCCUGGCCAUGGACGCCAUCUCCUUAAACAGCUUGGAGGCGGACACGGCUGCACGACUGGACACGGCUCGGGGAGCGCGACGAUCCGAGUUGGGCCGAUCAAGACCUGGGACAUCUCGUGCAGGAGACCAAGAGGGGAUCAAUGUUGAACAGCUCUUGGACCUCAAGCGGACCAUGGCAGCGGACAUGUUACGCGAGGCCACUGUCUCCAUGGACCAGACCCACCGGGCGUUGGCUGAAUCGGCGCUCGAUCCCAGCCUUUUCAAUGCCACAUCGGAGGCGCUCAUGGAUGCCCUGCAGCUGCAACUGCAGCCAGCAUCCUCCGCCUCCACCUCCAUCAGCCGUGCUGAGGGCAGGCCAGGCACCGGGCGCGGUCGGACAACGGUGCGCUUUGCCAGUGAUGACGACAGUGAGACCGACACGGAGGGUGAGGAACAGCGGGCUCCGAGCCAGGACCCCGAUGCCGAGCCCCACAGUGAGGGCAACAAUCGAAGGGGUCUACUGCAGGCCCCGCGUCGAUCACGUGGUCAGAUCCCCAGCGGCGAACGCGAUGUCUUCUCUGCCUCGUCGACUUCGUCGGGGUCGUCCAUUUCGCCAUCCCCCACAGCUCGCACGGCGCCAACGCGAGGGGCAUCCUUGAGUGUCAACGCGCGCGCCGAGCGGGCCAGCGUGGCGUACACGCCCAUGUCCGCCUCGCGGCGAUCGCGUCGUCAAUCCCGACUUCAAUCCCGGGGCUUGAUGGCAGAGCCCCGACCAGGACUCAUCCGAAGCCGCAGCGAGUCUUCCGUGUCCGACUUGGAAGCCGAUGCUGGGCAUGGUCCCCCGCAAGGUGCUGAUGCGGGCCUCCAGGCACCCUGGCAAGCCAACCCAGCCGUUUUGAGCUCCAAGCGGGUGCAGCGGCGGGAACGAUUGAGCACAGCCCGUCAGCGUGGGGCGGAGCGACCACCCAGCGUGGGACGACUGUUUGCUAGUUCACCGCCACCCCAGUACGAUGACAACGAAGCCGGAAGCACGGGUUCCGACAACGACGCAGCUCAUGGGACUGCCACACUCCUGCUUCCUGGUCAAACCGCUGCGGCCACGCCCCAACCCGCACCGACCGCCACACGCAACCAACGGCGAGCCACCUUACGCGACGACCCGCCCACAGGCGACCCCGCCUUCCAAUCUCGACGCUUCCAGCGACGAUCUCGCGCCGCCCGUGCCUCCACAACCAUGCCGAACCACCAUGCCUAA